AUGUGGACCAACAAGUUUGUCUUCCUUCUUACAGUUGCAUGCAUGGCCGUGUUCGGUACAGCUCAAACGUUGCCUUCGGUACCUGUACAGGACCCAGCAGAUUGUUUGUCAUCGCUGGAAGUUAUUCCCAACUGUAUCUCAGAAAUUUUCGGAUCGAUAAUAAGUGGACAAAUCGGGACUAUUGAUCCCCCUUGCUGCCAUGCCUUUUUGGGUCUCAAUGCAGAUUGUGUUAGUCAGACGUUUGCCUUCGCUCCCCUCUUCCCUCCAACUCUAAGGGAUCAUUGUUCUCGACAAUCGUGA